AUGUCACGAGUUUACCGAGUUCGGCAAUUAUCACAAAAUGAUACCUGCGAAUUUUUGCAUAAAGUCACGCCGUCCGGAGAAAUAUUCGCAAGACUUGACUUUCUGGCGCGCUGCUGGUGUCCUGAUUCAAUUCCCCGGAACCCGAUGAAAACAUUCAGCGUAUUCGCUAAGUGCUUCCUGCAGCAGUUGACACUCGCAUCGAAGCUGCCAUCAUCAAUUGAUGCUUAUGGCAAACGUUAUGACAAAGGCAGCAUGGUUGGCAAUGGUCUCGAACUUUCCCGACAAUUAUCAAAUCGGCUUGCGAUUGUAUAUGAACAAUAUACUGCAUCUCACUCAGAGGGGCUUAGUCCUAAGCGCCUGGUGACCGUCAUGAUCUCUUUCUUAUCUGAGCUUCAGAAUCUCUCAGAGAUUCCUGCAGACCAGGAUCUAUGUCCACUGGGCAAGCCAAAGGUGAAUGAUGAGGUGUAUGCAACUCAGUUGUCCAAAAACUGGAAGGAACCAGGUGUGUCUUUAAAAUCGUCACAACAAGGCCUCAAUGAAGGCAAUCUGGCACCUAAGUUACGCCAGCUCUGA